AUGUCUGUCACAUAUGACUUCCAUGACUUGAGUGGUAAAGUGGCCCUGAUCACUGGGUCCAGUUCGGGCAUAGGGGCGGCCACUGCAGAAUUGUUCGCCCAAUCGGGUGCCGACGUAGUGGUGACCGGACUGUACGCCGACUCUGGGCUCUCAGCGGUGGCCAACCGGUGCCGAAGUUUGGGCGCAAAAGUACUAGAAAUGGCGGCCGAUCUGACCCACGAGGAUGAAGCCCGGGCUUUGGUCGACCAGACUAUUGAAACUUUUGGUAAAAUAGACGUACUGUUCAACUGCGCCGGUAUGCCAGUCAAGUUUGUCGGCAUUACUAAUCCGUCAUUUAUGGAGGCCUAUCGGCUUACUAUGCGCGUGGACUUGGAUAUGGCUGUGUAUAUGACAUACCUGUGCGUCGGGCACCUGGAGAAGACCCGGGGUGUCAUCAUUAAUAUGUCGAGCGCCAGUCUGAGUGCACCGUACUGUAUGGCCAGGACUGCGGUCGAUAUGUUUACCAGAUGUAUGGCCGCUGAGUUGGGAGGGAAAGGCAUUCGUGUCAAUAGUGUUAAUCCGAGUGUUAUCGAAACGGAUUUCCUCAAAUCGACAGGUGUUGACCCGAAAGUCAUGGUAUGGCCAAAGGUAUGGCGAAUAAGUUGCCGGUCGGGAGGUGUGGUUGAGGACGUGGCUCAGGCCGUCCUAUUCCUGUCGGCCCCCGAGUCGUCGUUUAUAACGGGAACCCAAAUGCUUGUGGACAGCGGACAUAUAGCUGCCGGUGUUGGCUAUAAUACUGCAAAGGCUUCGGCUAAUUCAAAAUAAUAAUUUAACUUACCAUGAUGCUCUGUAUUUGAGGAUUUUUAAUAUGUAUGCAAGUUAUAGUUUUAACACUUGCAAAAUAUAAGAUACAUGGCA